GUUAACAACCGACGCAUUUGAAAAUACCUUACAUAGCCUUAGAUGAAAACAAGGAUUUAUGUGAACUAGAUAACUUAUGAUGGCUAAAAACUUAUGUUACUUCUACAGGCACAGUUUAACCGGUUACUGAUUUCUAAGAGAACCUCAUUCUGAAUCAUAUCCAACCUGGCUCAGGUGAACCAAGUGCAGAAUUAACUAGAAAGGGAUCACAGGAAAUAUGGAGGAUAACCUCGCCAAAAAGAGCAAACGAGCAAACCCUCGUAAAAUUGAUAUCAACGUUGUUGUCAUUGGUCCAGGCGCUUCUGGCAAAACAGAGUUAUGCAGGAGGUUUGCUGGAAAUGAGUUUAAGGGCAAUUCCCCAGCAACUAUUGGCGCAGCAUUUAAUGCAUUACCUUUUGGACAUGAUGGGAAAGAAAUAUCUGUUGGUGUUUGGGACAUACCUUACCACGAAACAUAUUUCUCAACAGACGAAAUUUAUAUGAGAGGAAGACAUGGUAUUGUAUUUGUGUAUGACAUAACAAGCGACUGUAAUUUCGUUCAAGCAAAGGAAUUUAUGAAAAAGCUUAAAACGAAAAUGACUGACUGUGAAGUGAUUGUUGUUGGGAAUAAGUGUGAUUUAGAACACAGAAGAGAAGUGAGCACGCUCAAGGGUUAUGAGCUUGCCUACGAGAAUAGUGCAAAAUUCUUCGAAGUAAGUGCUAAAACCAACGCUAAUGUCCAGGAGGCACUUAACACACUUCUAAAAUCUGCAUUAGCAAGGAAAGAUGGAAAGAAGGCUGUAGUACCUGAAGAAAUCGGACAGGAUCCAUUUGCAUUACUUUUGUAUGAAAAGGCUUUGCAAACAGGAAAAGAGAAGGAUAAGUCAAUUCGUGUUAAUAUAGUUGGAAACUUUAGACAAGGUAAGACGACACUGAUGAAAAGGUUGUUGGUACAAAAGAUCAAAGGGAUUAAAAGUACUAAUGGUAUAGUUGUAGAACAUUACAAAUGUGAAAAAGACAGAGAUGGGAAAUUACGCUAUACCAAAGCUGACGACAUUGAUAAAUCAGAAUAUGUUAAACGCUUGGUAUCUGUCGUUGUGAAUGAAAAGAAUCAAUCCAAAGAGCAGGAAUUACAAUCAUUGACAGAAUCAAACGUUUUGCACGAAACGAAACCCAAGGUCUUAGAAUCUUCUGUUAAUGAAGAUGACAGAGAUUUACAAAGCGACUUGAAUGCAGUAACAAAGAGUGGUUCAUCAAACGGAGAAGAAACAGUUGAUACAGCUUUUAAUAAAAUUUCAAUUUUAUCUCCGGAAGAAAAGGGGGUGUUUGCAGAAGCUGUGAAGACCAAUCGGGCAUCUCCGCAACAAGAAGGAAAAACCAAAUUUGAUAUUUGGGACUUUGGUGGGCAGUUCAUUUUCUAUGCAACUCAUACAAUCUUUCACAGCAAAAGGGCAAUUUAUCUUUUGGUGUUUGACUUGACUUUAGAUCUGAACUGGUCAUGUAUUUCUGAUGAUCAAUAUCCAAAUGAGUCAGAAAAUAGAGACAUGAAAUACUUUAUACAUUUCUGGAUGAGUUCUAUCCACUCGUUUGUUGGAUCAGCAGAUGGUUCAUUGCCAAAGGUUAUUCUUGUUGGAACUCACAAAGAUAAACUGAGCGGAAAAAAAACACGAAAAAGAAAGAUAUAUCAAAACAUACUUUGA